AUGGGACCAGGUCCUGCGGAGAAGAAGGCCGAAAAAUCGUAUCUAUCAUCAGCUGUAGAGUCUAUCAACCCCUGGGCGGCGAAGCGAACCUCAUCCCCCGCCUCGACCCUGAAAAAAGAGGAUGCCGUUGAGCCUCCGUCGAACAAGGCUUCUUCCGACCCUGGAGACCAUUCAACAACCCAUUUAUAUGGCCUGAGCCUCAGGAAUUACCCUGAUGAUUGCCCCCCGCUCAUUGUCCAAUGGUUCCAUGCGGUUGAUGUCCCGAAACAUAAGCCGCAGCUUUUAAAGAACAAAGCAAGCCCACAGGUAGACCCAAAAGCAUCGGCACAGCCCAAGAAGUUCUCGACUUUCUCCAUCCAGGAUUCUAGGGCAAUAGAAGCUAGAUAUCAGCAGUUGCUAGAGGCCAUCGAGGACGAGGAAAUUGAGCCUCCUCGCCGAGGUCGCCUGCCUUCCAAGAGAGCAAGGCACUCGAGCUCAGUGGAUCACACGGCGAAAAAGGACCCGGUAGUGCCUCGCCAUGCGCGUGAAGAUACUCAUGUUCCGGUCAACGAGGAUUUCCUCUUCGACGUGGAUAUCGAACAGAGGGAGUUGAAACCUGUAUACUGGCUUGGUCACAUAUAUGAAGUGCGUCGAGGUACAUGGUUUUUUCAAGAAGGCUCAAGUUUACGACCAUGUGAGGAAAAUCUCGCAGCCCAACUGGAGGAGGGGUAUUUGAAAAUCAAGCCGUGGAGGAAUCCAGUGCGUUCCCGCAGCCAGUCUGCGGCAAAACGCCUCUCUCCAAAAUCUUCACAAGACGUUUUGAAAUCGUCUGAGAAGGUUGCCACCUCAUCCGUUGAUGAGUCCCGUUCUCAACCCGGGCAGCAAGCACAACCCUCUUCCUCCAACCCCCAGCCAGAGUCAUACCGUCUUUUUGGUCCAUAUAUGAGCAGCAUGGUGACUUUUGAGGAUUCUACGACUGCAUGGCUUGCUUCGGAUACGAUGCUCUCCUGGGUCACAUCUUCUGUCUACGAAAGAUUUGCUGGCGGUGGAUACAUGAGUGGUGUUAAGCUAGUCCGAGGUUACUCGGAACCUAGUAAGAAGCAAGACAAGGACAAGAAUGAGAAGAAAGAGUAUACAAUCGCAGAAGGAAUACCUGGCCUAGACGAACAACAGCAGAAGCUGAUAAAACGUCGGUCUGCCCCUCCCGCAACUUCAGCAUCAGAUAUCAGCCAGCUACACUCCCAACAACGACGCCAAGCUUCAACAACUAGGGCCGAGGACAGCAGCUCUAGGCUCCAGCGACAGCUGUCAUCCCUUUUAGAGAAUGAAGGUAAAAGCGCGGCUGAAAAGGAAGACAAAUUGCAGCAGCAAGAGGAGCAAGAUAUGCAAGACUACCAUACUCAAGCAGGCGAGUCGCAAAAUCGUGAAGUUGAACACUUGAUUCUUGUUACACAUGGAAUUGGACAACAGCUCGGCCUCCGGAUGGAGAGUAUCAACUUCGUCCAUGAUGUUAAUGUCCUACGGCAAACAAUCAAGACAGUGUACGCUGAAUCAGCCGACUUGAAAGCGUUGAACUCUGAACUCGGCUCCGGUCCUGGUAAUUGUCGAGUACAAGUUCUUCCUGUAUGUUGGAGACACCUCCUUGACUUUCCAAAGGAACGCCAAAAACAAGGCGAGCAUGACCUUGGGGAUAUGGAUAACGACGAUCAAAGAUAUCCUUCCCUUGAAGAUAUUACAGUGGAGGGCAUGGCGUUUGCCCGAUCACUUAUAUCUGAUUUAGCGUUGGAUGUCUUGCUUUAUCAGAGCGCUUAUCGAUCACAUAUAACGAGCAUAGUUCUUCAAGAAUGCAAUCGCAUUUACCGGCUUUUCAGAGAGAGAAACCCAGAGUUCAGAGGGAAAGUCCAUGUCAUGGGUCACUCGUUAGGUUCUGCCAUUCUUUUUGAUAUCCUCUGUCGCCAGAGGGAAUCAAGGUCACUACACGAGAGAAAAAGCUCAUUACGUGCCUGGCCGACGCAAGCUCGUACCGAAUCACCUUCAAGCUCUAAAGAAACACAUCAAGACAUCUCAUUCGAUUUUGAUGUUGAAGAUUUUUAUUGCUUGGGGUCGCCGAUUGGAUUGUUCCAGAUGCUUGAGGGCCGGACCAUUGCUGCCCGCAAAUCGCCCGGUCUGAAGUCGGUUGGGAAGGCCUUCGGCUCACAGGUCCCUGACGCCUCAUUCUUGGCUACUGCUCCCAUGAGUGGUAGCAACACAGAGGAGAUCUCGACCGUCACAAACCUUCCCGUGUCUGUUUCUUCACCCAAAGCCGAACAGAUUUUCAAUAUUUUCCAUCCGUCAGAUCCCAUUAGCUAUCGACUUGAACCUCUUAUCUCUCCCGCGAUGGUAACAUUAAAACCACAAGGCCUACCAUAUACCAAGAAAGGAAUAUUUGGAAAUGUGGCUAACCAGAGCUUGACUGAUAUCGGGGCUAAAGUUGGGCAAAGUUUCAGCGGACUAUGGUCUUCGCUCAGCGCUGGCAUUGCCAAUAAUAUGCUAAAUCGUAGUCUCGGCCUCAGCAAUGAGGAAGUGGCAAAACUGACAAAUCAAGCACAUCAUGCUCAGCAACCGCAGCAGGGCAGUGAAGAGAACCCAAUUGUGGUGGCUGAUGACGCUGUGAGAAAUGGUAAAGACGAGCGAAAGAUGCAGCUUGCCCAAACUACGGCUUCUGGAGGCCGAGCCAGCGCCAGCGGUAAUGACCCAACGCUUAUCGACGAUGAGCUAGAGACCCUUUACUCUCAAUUCCAAAGGAGACACAGUGAUAUGUCAACAGCAGAGAAGUUGGAUAAAGCCCAAGAUGAUCAGCGCAAGGCACGAAAAUUACGAGCAGAAGAAAGCAAAAUGAGAGCCCUCAAUCGGAACGGAAGGGUUGACUACAGUAUUCAAGAGAGUGUUUUGGAUUUUAAUCCUAUUAACACGAUAGCCUCUCAUCUAUCAUACUGGGCAGAUGUUGACCGGCCCUCCCAGAUCAUGCAAAUGUUCCGCGAUGAGGGAAUACCCGUUGAAGAUGCCCCCGAAGAUGAGGGCCCGGGAGCGCCGCGCCAGAGCUAUAACUUCGCUCCAGGCUAUCAUGGAAUUGUGUACAGGGCUGAAACAGGCGACCGAGGUGCCGGUCCCAGGCAUGACGCGCCUGAAUCAAACGAGACUGCCGGCGAUGCUCUAGCUUCAGAAUCCGCCCUGCCUAUCAAAUACAAACUUCAGUCUAUGAAAUGGGGCCUGGUUCCCUUUUGGACCAAGAGAGCUCCGGACUACAGCACCAUUGUACGAACAAUGAACUGCAGGGACGACUCUCUUAGCACCCCAGGCGGGAUGUGGGCCACAAUGAAGGAACGAAAACGGUGUAUAGUCCUUGCUCAGGGCUUCUUCGAGUGGCUCAAGAUAGGGAAUAAAGACAAGCUACCUCAUUACAUUACUCGUGAUGAUGGCCAGCUCAUGUGCUUCGCGGGUCUGUGGGAUUGCUCGCAGUACGAAGAAUCAGACGAGAAGACAUAUACCUACACUAUCAUUACGACAGAUUCUAACAAACAGAUGAAGUUUAUUCAUGAUCGAAUGCCAGUGAUUCUCGAGCCAGGCUCGGAAGACAUGCGUACCUGGUUAGAUCCUCACCUCUGGAAAUGGUCUGGGUCUCUCCAAUCUCUUCUGAAGCCAUUCGAUGGCAAACUGAAAAUAUACCCUGUGAGCAAAGAUGUCGGGAAGAUCAGCAAUGACUCUCCAAGCUUCAUCAUACCCUUGGACAGUAAAGAAAACAAGUCAAAUAUUGCCAACUUCUUUGCCAGUAGUUCCAAAUCACCAACUGCCGCUAAGACGUCCCGGCCUGUGACUUUGGGGCAGAGUGGCCAACGCAGAGAUGCCGGUGAGGACAAUUUUGAGAAGGCUGCCUCUGCAAAACGCAAGCUCCCAAACAACGCCACAACAAAAGUUCAUGGUUCCAAAAAGUUAAAACCCUCUACCCACUCAAACCUGCUCCGAGAAAAGAAGGCUGUCGCAGAGAAAGGCAAGACAAGCAUGAGGGAAACGCGCUCAUCAAAAGCAUCAAAAAUCACACAUUUUUUUAAACAGAAAUAA